AUGUAUGGUAGAUCAAGAGGUCAUAGUAAUCAUGGUAGUAGAUUAGAAGGUCAUGGCAGUCAUAAUGAUAAUAGACUAAGAAGUUGUAGCAGUCAUGGUAGUGGUGGACUAAGAGGUUAUGGUAAUUAUG